CGCAGGCUCGCAGCAACGUAGGCAGCCGGAGGUUUUUCCCCGAGAGCCCCCGGAGGUUUUUUUGUGAUCGAAAAUGGCGCUAGCCUCAGCAAAACAACUUCUCGACGAAUUAAUGGGCCGGGAUAGGAAUCUCGCGCCCACCGAGAAGAAGAAUACUUGCAACUGGGAAGACCCCGAUGUUUGCAAGCACUUUCUUGCGAAGUUCUGCCCUAAUGAUCUGUUCGUCAACACCAAAGCAGACUUGGGUCCGUGCAACAAAGUUCACGAUGACAGGCUGAAGAGGGAGUAUGAAGAGAGCCCCCGAUACAGGCAGGAAGGCUACGAAGAUGCCUUUCUCCAGUUCUGCCAGUCCAUGCUCUCUGACGUUGAGAAGCGCAUCCGGAGGGCACGGCAGCGACUGCAGCUGAGCAACCAAGAGGGUGGUGUGGUGAUCAAGACGAAGGAGACUGCGGCGCCGACGGACGAGCGGGUGAUUGUGCUGAACGAGCGUAUCCAGGGCCUGCUGCAGCAAGUAGAGCAGCUUGGCUGCGAGGGCAAGGUUGAGGAGGCGCAGGCCGUCAUGAAGCUCUGCGACCAGCUCAAGGAGGAGCGCAAGUCCCUCGACAAGGACUCCGACAAAGCACACUGGCUCAAGCAAACAGCAGAGCUGGCAGCUGCCCAGGAGAAGCAGAUGGAAGUGUGCGACAUCUGUGGAGCCUUCCUCAUCGUUGGCGAUGCACAGCAACGCGUCGACGACCAUCUCAUGGGCAAGCAACACAUGGGCUACGCCAAGCUCAAGGAAGCCGUUGAGGAGAUUGUGGUGAGCAAGGUCGGCGCUGAGAAAGAGCGAGAGGAAAAGGAGAAGCAGCGAGAACGCGAAAGGGAACGGAGGCGGAGGCGCGAAGAAGACGAAACUCGAAGCCGACGAGGACCCGAACCAGCUCGCGACGACCGACGAGAGCGUGACGAGAAGCGGCACAGGAGUAGGUCCCCGCGCGACGAUCGAAAAGAGCGUACAGAUGACAGAAGACGUGAUGAAGACCGCAGACGGGACGAUGAUCGGAAACGAAAUGAUGAGCGCAAGCGUGAUGACGAGCGCAGGCGGGAGGAUGACCGUAAGCGGGACGACGACCGCAGGCGGGAGGAUGACCGCAAGCGGGACGAAGACCGCAAGCGUGAUGAUGAGCGGCGGAAAGAGCGCAGCCGGCGGGACGACGAGCGGAGUCGGAGAGAUGAUGACCGGAGUCGAAGGGACGACGACCGGAGCAGUAGGAGUGAGCGCAGCUCCCAUCGAGACUCGCGGGAUUCACGGUCGUCGGGACACGACCGGGACAAGCACCACAGCAGCAGUAGCAGCAGCAAGAGUGACCGUGACUCUCACCGCAGCUCAUCUUCUAGGGUGAGCAAUGGUGACUCCAGCCCCCGUCACUGAGAUGUCAAGUGAGUUGCUGGGGACAGCAGCGUUCUGGUGAAAACCUGGAAAGCAGAAAAGCACUGGAAGAAGAAGCGUCAACACUGGGGGCAUUGUGUCGGCAGCGACACCCAGAGGGCAGCCCGACGCAUGCUGGCAUUGGAGCCGCAAAAAAAGCAAGGAACAAAAAGACCCGCCGAGCCGCCGCCGCCAUCCAUUUCACCGAAAGAAGGUGCUCCUUUGCUUUCUGUUUGCCUCACAUCUUUAGUUGAGAGAGAAAGUGAAAAAGAAAACACAUGUUCCCUUUCACCAAUUCUUUUUCCUUUCUCUGUCCUUUCCUUCCCCUCUGCCAUCAUAACAAACUGUGCUCAUCACUCGUUCCUUCCAUUCUUUGAAUCAGCUUUGUCAUAAAUUAAUGUGGACAGUUACACGAACACAGCAUUUGCAGAGUGUAAGCGAGUUACUUUGUUUUUAGGUUACUGCACUUGCAGCAGCGGAGUUCAGAAAUAAAGAGUGGUGUUGUAGCAGUG